CGCUACACUGCUCUUUCGCUUGAGCGACUGUCGGGCGGCAGCUCCAAAGUGCGAACCAAGCCGCGCGGAUGUUCGCCUUGCUUAGGACCUGAUUGUAUCUAGAAAAUAACGAAAGCGCACCUAGCCGAGACCAGCUGCGCGUCGUUGGCGAGCUUCCGACAGCGACUGCCACACCCAACCUUGUGCGCCCCUGGCCCAGCGGCCUCACAAAGCGAUGGUGGAAGCUACGGAGUCUGCAGAGGACACCAUCCCCAUUGUGCCGCUGCUGGGUGUCACCAAACCGGCGGAGUCCCUCACCUCCCCGAUCGACCGCCGGAGCGACUUCUACCGGCAUGCGGCGCUGGUGGUCCCCCACAAGCCGGCCCGCCAGCCGCUGAUGACCAUCCCCAACGUGCUCACCUUCUUCCGCCUGCUGCUGGUGCCGGUGCUGCUGCUGGUGUGGGAGCUGCAGUGGCAUUACACGCCCACGCUGUGCGCGGUUAUCUUCAUCGCCGCCUCAGUCACAGACUACUUUGAUGGAUACCUGGCGAGAAAGCUCAAGAUCGCGACUGUCUUUGGCGCCUUCCUGGAUCCGGUGGCGGACAAAAUCAUGGUCGCCACGGCGCUGGUGCUGCUGGCUGUGUCGCCGCCUCCGCCCUGGAGCCCGCAGUGGCUGACGGCGCCCGUGGUGCUCAUCAUCUGCCGCGAGAUCACCAUGUCCGCAUUGAGGGAGUGGGCGGCGGCGGCCGGAGGAGGCGUGUCCAAGGCCGUCAAGGUGAACACGCUGGGCAAGUGGAAGACGGCGCUGCAGAUGGUGUCCAUGUCGGUGCUACUGGUGGUGAGGCAGCCGCUGGGGGACCUGCUGCCCAGCUACGCGGGCUCUCCGCUGUGGCUGCACAUCAGCCUGGCCUCCUACGUGGCGCUGUGGGGCGGCACCGUGCUGGGGCUGUGGAGCCUGGCCAUCUACUUCUCCAACGUAUGGGUGCACUUCGUAUACCCCGAGGCCAAGAAGCACCACUGAGGCCGCGGCGGCGGCUGGUGCAGGAAUGCAGAAGGUGGUGGUGGUGGCAGAGGAGGCGUUCCGGACGGCGGUGGUGUUGAUGUUGAAAGGCUUGUUGGUGUUGUUAUUGGUGGACGGUGCUGGUUUGCGUAGGCCGCAGCAGCAGCAGCAGGAGGAUCACAGGAUUGCCGCUCGCUGCAGGUCUCGGCCCUCGCCCGGUGCCUGAACGGAGAAGCGCGUGCGGCUGCUGCCCCGGGCGAGUUGGGCCAUCGCUCGAUCGUGUGGAAGGUGCUGACCCAAAGGCGAAAGUCGGACAUCGGCAGUGCCUAUGAGGGCCCUGGAGGCGAAUCGUUCAGCGCGCGGAUGUUGAGCGAUGGCUACGGAGGUGUGUAUGCAACUGUUCCGUGCGUGCUGGGCUUGACAUUGGGACGUGGGACUGAUGACGGGCUUCUGCACGCGUGGAGACCGUGUGUGGUCAUUGCAGGCUGCAAGCGCUCUGGCUGCAGCUGGUGGAAGUGGCCGACGUUGUGUAGCACUGGGAGACGGUGGGGACCACUACGUGCCGUCUACAACAUGCAAGGCGCGGGCUGCGGCCUCACGGGCUGCCCGGGCAGCAGCAGGGGUUCACCUGGCGGCUGGCGCAGCUGCGGGUGGGGCCCUCCGGGGUCGGGAGGUCCAGGUGCUGUUGCGGAGCCGCGAGGUGUGGGCGGCAUGGCCGCAUGGGUGAUGACCCGACAGCGCCAUGGCCAUCAGAGCCCUCUGGCAGGUUGACGGGGGUGCAGCAUGGGCCUUGGGCCAUAAGAUUUGAUGCGAGACGCCUUCAAGCAUGACGGCAGCGCUUGGGCGCCGCGGCUGUGUACCAGGUCCAGACACG